UACUCCAUUCGAUAGUUCGCGUUGUCAUUCAACUUACGCUCGCGUACAUCAAUGUUAAAGGGGCCAAUUGGGUCAAGUGCUCUCAAUUGAAAGUGUCAGCUGGCUACGAGGCACAGUCAACAUGUGGUGGCACAUGCUCUGGCUGCUUGUGCUGUGCCCAGUUGCAACCAGAGCGGAAACAAUUUGCGGCUCCCUGGAGCUGCGAAACAUCGCGGAUUUGCAGCAGCUGCGCAACUGCAGCCUUGUGGUGGGUCAUGUGCGCAUUGCGAACCUCCAGCUGCCCAGCAGCGUCAACCUGAGCGAGCUGAGCAGCGAGGUAACCGAGAUCACGGACUAUCUGCUAAUCUAUCGCUCCAUCGGGCUGCUCACACUGGAGACAAUCUUUCCCAAGCUCCAGCUAAUACGCGGCAGGCAACUGCUAAUGAAUCAGUAUGCUCUAACCGUGUAUGAGAAUCGCAAUUUAAGGGAGCUGGGUCUGGUCCAGCUGCAGCGCAUCCAAGACGGUCACAUCCGCAUCGAGAGUAACCCAAUGCUGUGCUUCGUGCAUACCGUCGACUGGAUCUACCUCUCAGGCAAUGCCACUCGGCAGCAUUUCUAUAUAAAGCUCAACAGGUCCCCGAAUCAUUGUCCUGUUUGUGGCGGCAUCUCAGCCGAUUAUUCGAUUCGCUACAAUUACACACGGCAUUGCUGGAAUACGCAGGCGGCCCAGGUGCGCGUAGAGCCGCCCCGAACUGAAAACUGUCCCAGGAGCUGCGGUCGGGAUGGCUGCGAUGCCAAAGGGAAUUGCUGCCAGCACAGCUGCAUUACGGGCUGCUCGGCGCAGAACUGCACGCUCUGUGGUAAUUAUCGUCGGAAUGGGCGCUGUGUGGAUCAGUGCAUUGCCAGCUAUGAGCUGCACAAGAGGCAGUGCAUCUCGUACAAGGAAUGCCGUCAGCUUAAUCGAAUUCCGUUGACGCGAGGCUAUCGCUGCACGGACCACUGUCCCAAUAACCACAAGCCCGUAAUUGAUGCCAAUGGCACGCUCCAGUGCCAGCUGGAGUGCAAGGGCGUCUUCCACAUCAAGCGCAUUGCGGAUCUGGAGCAAUUGCAAGACUGUGUGACCAUCAACGGAUCACUGAUUAUAGAGCUAGUGGACAUAAAGGAAAAAGUUGUUUCUGCUCUAGAGCAGGCCAUGGGCAGCAUUAAGGAGAUUACCGGCUAUCUAAAGGUUAUACACUCGGCCCAGCUCAUGUCCUUGACUUUCCUCAGCAACUUGGAUACCAUACGCGGCGAUCAGCUGAUUGAAAAUAAGUAUGCCCUGUAUGUUGUUAACAAUUACCACAUGGAGCACAUCUGGCCAGCCAAUCGCCAGGUGGCCAUUCAAAGGGGCACAAUAUUCUUUCACCUGAAUCCGCGAUUAUGCUUUGAGAAGAUCCAGAAACUGCAGCCCUCCCUGAAGAGUGUCAGGAAGAUAUCCAUAGCGGAUGUAUCGCCCAACUCGAAUGGCGAGCGUGUGAUCUGUGGCGAUUCGGUGCGCACACUGAACGUUAACGUCGAGGACCUGAACUCAACAGCCGUACGGAUUGUGAUAGACUUUAUGAAAGCCGAGGAUGUGGAAAUACUCAUAGGCUACUCCUAUCACUAUAUGGAGGCGCCGCAGCGAAAUAUAACCAUGUACGACGGACGACACGGCUGCGGACAUGAUAACUGGCUGAUGGAUGUGAGUCUUAGCAAGAAUCGCCGUCAUGUCAUCUCGAACCUAAAGCCCUAUACGCAGUACGCAUAUUUUGUAAAGACCCUAACGCGUACCGAUUACCACAUGCAGGUCGAUGCAUACUCCAAGAUCCAGUACUUCCGCACGCUGCCCAGCAAGCCGAGUCCUGUGAGCCAGCUGCACGGCAGCUCGGACCACAGCACCCAGAUUAUGAUUUACUGGUGGCCGCCAGCUCGGCCCAAUGGCAUCAUUUCCAAAUACAUUGUGAACGUUGAGCCGUAUAAUCUGACCAGGGCAGAGGUCAGCACCAAGAACUAUCCCACCUUCAAGACAUGCGACACCUGUGAAUUGGACUGCGUCUGCAAUGAUCUAAAGCCAUACGAUUCGGGUCCACAGCCGGAGGAUGAGCACUACUACAACAAGGAGCAGAUAAUAUAUGAGGAAGCAUUGCCCAAUCUCAUAUAUGUGUCGCGUCGCAAAUUGCAAACGAAGAGGGAAAAGUUUGAAAAGGUUAAGAGCUUUGAGGAUAUGGUCGCCGGUCCCUCGAUAGUGUCAUAUGACAACAGCACGAGCACAACAACUCCAGCACCUACGCUCGUCGUGAGCAACUCGUCCACGGCAAGCCAGAACGAAACAUUUUCGCAGGAGGACUCUGAUGCCGCCAAGCAAUAUGAAAUAUUUCGCAAAUACAUCGAGGACAGAAUGCGCCAGCUGCAGGACACCAACGCAUCCGACUUUGUCAUCCUGCAUGCGAUGCCUAAGUGCAGGGAUAGCCAUGCCUCUGUGGGCUAUCAACUGGAGCAGAAAUGCAUUGUCGAGGAAGAGCCAAUUGGCGUCAGCGUACCUGGCACUCAGCACUAUUACAAUGCGACCGGAUUGCAGGCCAACGAGUACUAUCGCAUUACGGUGCAGGCCUGUGUGGACGGGGUCAUCAAUGGUUGCUCGAAUCCGACGGAGAUGAUACUAAAGACCAUUAGCGAGCAGGUGGAUCAGUUUAUGAAUGGCCAAUAAACGCAUCCCAAACGAGGAUUUCACAGUUUUGUUAUAGUUUCAGGGCUUCAGGAGUAGUCGAGUUGCCUCAGAUUGAAGAGAUUUUUCUAGAUGUAAUUGUUCCGUCUGUUGUUUGGUUCGGUAAUCGCGUGAUAUAUUUAAAGUUUGUAAUAUUUAAGCAUGAUAAAUGUGAGAAAGUAUUUGCUAAAGUUCCUUUCAUUAUAAAUUAAAUCAGAAAAUCCUUUUA